GACGGACGGCGACGGUGUUCUUGCUGCCUGCUUAUCCGCCGCGUGUGUGCAUUUAAUUAUUUUUGUCCUGUAAAUCUUGAGAUUUCAGUUUUGAAGUGUAGCAAAAACGUCAACUCUCAAUCUAAAACACUUCAACUCUAAAAUGUGAUGUUCUUCUCCGCUUGUUUUACGUUCAUCGGCUGAUCCGCCGUGUGGUCUAAGACAACAGAAAGAUUGAUACCAUCAAGUUGAGUAAUGUAAUUGAAACCCAUAGAAGGAGGAAUCGACAACAAUUAUGGAGCUUGUAAAAGAAAAUAUAAAUUUUGCCAAUGUGUGUGGAGACUCUUUGAAAGGAUUUCUCGACCGUGACGAUGAUACCGAUCUGAUUUUGAAGGACCAUGCGUGGAAAAAAAAUAAUGUAAGUAGUGAUGAAUUUGCCUAUGAUCUCGGGCCACUCAUCAAAGAGGAACCAUUAGGUAUUUGGGAUAGUGACAGUAUUGAUAUGGAGACUCUUGAGGAAGAAUCAGAACGAGACUCUUUAAGAAUGAAUGACUUUGAUUUUAAUAAUGGCUUUGCGGAUUGGGUGGGGAGUUCAGUCGAUGACAAUUGUAGCAAUGAGCAGGAACCAUUUCUGCUUGAUGCGAUGCCAUCCGAAUAUGUCAAGUUGGAGCCCAGCUUUAACAUGGAAGAAGAAACAAAUUCCCAAUGUGGGGACUUGUUACAAGAUUCUGAGUGGGUAGAUAGUUAUAAGGAGAGCGCAGAAGAUAUCUCAAAUGAAAGUGAAGAUCAGACUGAAGCUAAUAAUGUCUCUUUAUCAUGUCAAAUUUGCAAAAAAACCUUUCAUGAACGUAUGUUCCUCUAUAAUCACUUGAAAGAAUUCCAUCAUUGUAAUAUUAUUUUUGAGUGUGACACCUGCCGAAAGAUCUUUUUGAGCAAAUCUAGUUUAAUUGCUCAUUUGCAUACUCACUCGCAGAGAAAAGCUGCAGAGAAAAAAUCCAGUUUGUCAGAUGCUUCUGUUGAGUCUGAUGGUGAAGAGUCGGAUGAUUCUCCUCAGUCUACUGUCUCCUGCGAAAUUUGUGGCAAGCAUUUUAUCGAGAAAAUAUUCCUUUAUAAUCACUUAAAAGCGUAUCAUAGUUGCAAUGUCAUAUUCGAAUGCGACACUUGUCAUAAAAUUUUUCUCAAUGACAAAAGCCUCCUUGCACAUUUGGAAACUCACACGAAAAAAAAUAAACGUAGCAAGCUACUUCAGUGUGACAUCUGCUCCAAAAAGUUCUCCUGGCAGUUGAGCCUAGACCAGCAUAGGCUCAAGCAUUAUUUCGAGCGGAAUUAUGUUUGUCAUAUUUGCUCGAAAAGGUUUUCACAAGAAAGUGAAUUAGAUUUACAUAAGGUCUCUCAUUCCUCUGAUGGUCUUCUUCAGUGUAAUAUUUGUUUAAGAAAAUUUGCCAGACAAUGUAACUUAGUUCAACAUAAAAGGGUGCAUAAUCGUACGUUUACUCCUAAAAGUUAAGUGCUACAUUCUUACUAGUGGGAUUUUGUCACUACUUAAUACUGCAGUAUAACCAUAGCUGUUACUCCUCUUAAUUCAACUGUUGAACAGUUUGUUUCUUUUACCCUAAGAAUCCAUUUGUGAAAUUUAAUCAUGAAUUAAAGAAAUAUUUUAUGAAACUACAUCAUUCUGAUGAAGCAGUAUGCAUUAGGGAGGCCCUUUGGCAAUGUCGGAAUUUUUUUGGUCUUACCCCCUAGAACUGAUCCAUUUGAUUAAAAAACACUCUCUGCCAAGUUUCAGCCAAAUCGGACAAUAUUAACCCGUGCCGACAGAACCAUCUUGUUUACAUUGAAAAACAGUUUUUUUCAGAAAAAUCCAUUUCCUCGAAAAUGUAAUUUCUAGAAAAAAAUCUGAGGUCAUCAGCUUUAGGAGGAAAAAUUGAGUAGGGUAAGUUGUGUUGGACACCUUAAAAAUUUUUUUUUACCCCUCGUUAUUCCGGAAAAUUCCGAUUUAAUGCAGCAACUUUGUCGUCAUUUCGGACUCAGCAUUAAAAAACACAAAAAAAACAUCCGUCACAUGUUGAGGUUCAUUUCCUGAAAAUUAAGUUUUCCCCCGAAAACCCUCUGUUUUACAAGAAAAUCGAUUUUCCGGAAAAUCCUGAUGGAAUAGAGGAAAAUGGAUAGCAUUUUCGGACUCAGCAUAAGAAAGUACAUGAUGAACACCUACCAUAUGUUGAGCUUUGUUUUCGGAUGCAGACCUUUGUAAUGAUUUAAGAUUUAUCACUGUCAUUUUACCCUUUUUUAGCGUUUUCUAGAUGCUUCAGUUGUUUCACCGCUGUAAUGAGGGGUAAAAAAAAUUUUUAAGGUGUCCAACACAACUUUUUCCACUCAAUUUUUCCUGCUAAAGCCGGAUAUGACCUCAGAUUUUUCUAGAAAUUACACCUUUUCGAGGAACUGGAUUUUUCUGGAAAAAAGUGUUUUUCAAUGUAAAAAAGAUGGCUCUUUCGGCACAGGUUAAUAUUAUCCGAUUUGGCUGAAACUUGGCAGAGAGUGUUUUUUGAUCAAAUGGAUCAGGUCUAGGGGGUAAGACCUAAAAAAUUAGCAAAGUAAAUUUUGCCGUGUAUAAUUGGGCCACCCUAGUACGCAGGCAUUUAAUCUUCAAUGAAAAGAAAUUUAAUUUCAGGAGAGUUGUGAAGUAAAUGUAUCUUUAAAUACUGAUGAAAGCAGAAGGAAGAUAGGAUGAAGUUUUUAUUCUUCUUUUUGUUUUGUCUCAAUGUGUGGCAAGCUCUCUUUUUAAAUCAUCUUAAGUAGAUAGUUGAAGUCUAACAUUUUAAAGAGGAUUAAUCAUGUGCUUUGUCAGGGAAAAAGUCACAAUUGCAUUUAGAAAAACUGAAUCAGUUCAAAUACCAGUAUUACUGUGAACUAGACAUUUCCAGGGACUAAUCCAUGGUGUGUGAGUGAACUUUAGAUGAAUAAGAAAUAUUAAGCCGGGAAGGCAGACAAAUACUCAUAAUAGUAAAUUGGAACUAAAUUUAUUUUAACAAGAUAAUUUGCCUAAAGGUGGGAACUCAUCCAAGUGCUGUAAUUACCGCUAGCAUAAAAACAUAUUCGCUUUUUACUUGACUUAUGUGUCAUUCUGUUUCAUUCCAAACUUCAAUGCAAUGUUGACUCUUUCCCUCAGCUCUCCAUUUUUUCCCCCACCCCAUUAUGAAAAGUAUCUCAGCCUUAAUAACAAGCUGUUCAUAUUUUAUUAAAUCUCAUCUUUUAUUUUCGAAGGUAGGAAAGAACUGAAUUUUUUUAGGAUUGAACUGAUUUUUAAAACUGUAGCUUACAAGCAUUAGAAAAAAUCAUCUGAAAUUUAAAUUUUUUUUAUGAAAUCAAAUCGGAUUUCCCUUCUAUUUUUUAUCUAGGCUUAUGUUAAAUCUCUCCAAGUCUUAAUUUAUCCAAUGUAGAGCUGAUGUGGUCAAUCGACCGCAUCCAAAUGAAAAAUACUCCAAGAAUCAUUGGAGUAUUUUUACCGUAACUGAAACGCAGAAUUGUUUACAGUUCAAGGAAGAAAUUUUCUUUUUCUCUGAUUAAUCUUUUUUUUCUUUCACUCUCCCCCUCUCGUUUUUUCUCUUACUUUCCCACAAUUUUUUAAAAUGAAUACUUCUUCUAAAACAUGCUGCAGUAGGCAUCUCAGAAAAGUUUUAAUUUUUGUUAAGUUGCAUCAUAUGUGGACUUUCCAUAACCGCAGAACAAAGUGACUCAUUGUUAACUUUCUGGCUGGAAAGAAACUAGUUGUUUUCGACUUCUUAAAAAUUGCCUCAGAUGUCUGUUGCCUUGUUUGAAACCAAUCGCUCCACUCAGACGUAAAAUGUAGUUAAGAAUGUUGCCUAUUUUGCUUUUCCUACUUACAAAAUAGAGUGUAAUUACUGCUGUCUCUGUGGUUUAUUUUCUCAGCAUCUCAAUUUCAUCAACCUUUGAAUGGCUCAUUCAAUCUGUUGUUUAUUAUUCAGCCUCCCUCUAGUCAUUUCAAAUGAAAAAAAGUAACCGAUAAACAGAAUAGGUGUUUAUGAAGGUGCUGUCUUUUACGGUUCAGAAAGAAACGUAAUAAUCUUGAUUCUUACUCUAAUUAUUUUCUUUUUUCCUCUCUCUCUCUCUCGCGAGGAGAUGUUUCCAAAUGGUUAGUUUUGCACUGUUCUGAAAGUUGGCAUGGAGUAAGUGGCAGUAACUGGAAACUAAUUCUCGAAAUAUCCAUCUUACAAACUGUUAACAACAACUCAAUAUCAUGGAAAUUUUCUCUCACUUUUUCCUCAAUAAUAGCAAAUCUUAACUUCUAAAAGCAAACAGGUGUUUUAUCAGUCUUAAGUUGAGAACCCACUCUCUUCGGAAGAGUCUUUGUAAAAAAAUCUCAUAAAUUGAAAUGAGUUCAAUACAUUUGAUAAAACACUUAAAAUUUCCGUAGUAUUUCUGAUCAAUUCAUAGGAAUGUUACUGAUUCACAGUUGUUGGCGAUUUUUAUAUUUUAUUUCAAAAUCUCAAAAUUAUGAAUGAAACUCGGGAGUUUCCAAUGGUUGCCCCCUACUCUAUUAUUGAACUUUAUUUUUUUCAUGAAUUCUUCCUUAAAUGAUUGUUUGGUUUUCUUGUUCCACUUUCAAUGGCUAUUCAUAAUUUGUGCUUCUUUUUUCUGUUAAUUGAAGCCAUUACGGAAAAAAUCCACAGACCUUGUUUAGUUUCUCUUACUGUUUAGAAUGCAUAAUUAAAGUCAACUUAUCAAUAUUGUUUUUUUUUUAUUUGUUGGUUUUUAAUUUGUAAAGUGUGCUAAGUAUAGGUAUUUACCAUUUUACUCACAAAGUGUAUAUCAUUGUCAGGUUAAAUUAAACACAGCUUAAAUUAAAAGCCAGAACAAGUGAAAAGAUAAAAUCUGUAGCCAGCUACAUGAAAUGGACCACCAGACAAGAUACAAAUUUAAACAUUCUAAUACACUUUUCCCUGUAAAAAUUUCAUGUAGAACACAACUUUUGCCAAAAAAUAGUACUGAAAUCAACGCAUCGGUCCCAAAAAAUUUGAAUUUUUCGCUUACAUGAUAAAUCAGAGUCUGCUUGAAUCAAAUGAAGCGCACCUCAACGAUUUUGGCAGGCUUCUCAAUAAACAGUGUUCCUGCUGCACCUUGUGUUAAUUAAAGUGUGAACAACAUAGAUUACCUGAGUGUAAGUGCUGGUAUUGAGAUUGUCAUAUUCUUAUAUUAUAAAGGCUGAAACAAUGACCUUCAAUUUGCGAUAAAACUCAAGUAGACUUAGGUUCUUUUAUGAGUGAGAAAUUUGCAUUCAUGCAUCAAAAAUGUCAGUGUCUUUGUGAGGAAUUGCUAUUAGUAAUUUUCAUUGUACAAAAUUUUCGUGAGAAAACAAAUAUCAUUAUCAUUAAAUUCACACCUUGUCCAGUGGUCCAUUUGACAAAAUACUGAGUUCUUACUUGGCUGUCAGCGUAGGCAGGGGCGAAAAAGUAGUUUUCUUCCAAGUUCUACAUCAACAUAAGUUUGUGUAGGUGUUGCAUUAAUGGGAUAAUGUAAAAUUGGUAAUGAUGAGCGUCCAAAAAAUAUCAUAAUUUGUAUUUACAUGGGUAUGUUUCUUCAACUCAUGAGUAAUGAUAUUACAUGGACUGGAUUCUUCACUUUUUCGGUGCAUAUUCCACAGCCGUCAGAAGGUUUUGAUUUAAGGCUUGACUUUUUAAGUGUAUCUGUCUCCUAACUGCAUCAUCUCAUAUGAUUCGAAUUGUGAUGCAGGCUCUAAUGAGACUCUUAUUGUGAGCCAAUAAGUUGAAUUUUUAUUCUAUUAAUUGAGACAGCAUGUAGUUUAUUUUACUGCAUCCAAAAAUCGUACCCUCUCAAUUUCGUUUUUUUAAAAAAAAAGUCAUAGUCCAAGAAUGGUGACAUAUUUCAUGAAGGAGUUAUAUAGUACUGGUAGUUCACCUGAUGUGUAACGUUUGUUUUAUACCUGAGUCUGUCGGCACCUAGUUGACAGCCUGUUUGUCCUCAUUUUGUGCCCCCACCUGAGUCCAUCAGUUUUUUUUAGUCUCUCAUGUUCAUCAGUAUUUAUGUGAGCCAAACUUGAUAGACUUCUGUCAAUCACUAAUUUAUUUAGAUAAUUAGUGAUUUUAAGAGAAACAUUAAAUUUUCAUUUUCCUAGAUAUUUUCCUCAGCACUCAAUGGAUUUGCGACUUUAAAGGAUGCGUCCAUCAUAAAUAGGAGGUAGCAAAACAGGCAACAAUUACAAUGUCAAUUUUAUUCUUAUACUGAGAAUUUCCUGUUUAUGCAUUUAUCAAACCAAAAACAUCUGUAAAAAUUGUUCAGUAAUGGUUCUAAUUGAUGAAUUAACGGGAGGCAUUCUGGUAAUCAUAUUAUUGGCUGAAUAAGAUGUUAGAAAUCGGGUGUUCUGGCCUUGAACUCUUCUCUUUGUUGCACUUUUCCUGGUACAUUAUUAUGUACGUUCUUGCAUGACAUGUUUUUCAUUGCAUUGAUAUUAUUUUCAAUCAUUUUUCAAUUUUUUUCCAUGUAGAUGAUAACAUUUUGUACUGAAUUUCUUAGAUUUAUGGCUGAAAAAUACAAGAAUAAAUGAUUUAAAAUCAAAA